ACUCACUUUCUCUCACUCUCCCUCUCUCUCCCCCUCUCUGUCUCUCUCUCCCUCUCUCUCCCUCUAUCUCUCCUUCGUUCUUGCUGACACACUCCCAGUUUCAGUCAGUUAAUGACUCACAAUACUUACCUCAGAGUCUGGGGCGUCUCUCUCUCUCUUUCUUUCUUUCUCCCUCUCUCUCUCUUUUCCCAUUCCCACUGACAGUGGACAUGGAGAAGCUGGAAGUUCUGCGGACACGGUCAGCCACUACCAUCUUGGACGCGGAGGCGAAGCGUAGCGCGGCGGCGUCGUCGACGACGGCGGCCCACUUCCGGUCUCCAUGGCAACAGAGUGUUAAUGUGUUUGGCUCGUGGAGCAGGCCGGACUGUGUUCAGGAGUUACACCAGGAGGCUCAGCUUAACCUGCAGAGUCUGCUGCAAGACUUUGAAGAGCAGCUGUAUGACACCAAGUUAACAGGCCAGACGUUCCGCCACCCCACAGUGUCUUCUCAGAGUUCUGACGAUACCACCACCCUGAGUCCUUCCCCUCUCUCCCUCAACAACAAGAGACCUGAAUUCCUCUUCCUGCCGGCGUCUAAGAGGCAGGUGUGUGAGGAGGAUGAGACCUCCUCAGUAGGAAUCAAUAGGGGUGUAGACCCGUCCCCCUCCCCAUCACCCUGUGGGUCAGAUCGCCCUCUGGUGGUGUGGAGUAGUACCUCUCUAGGACCCCCCGUGGCCGAGAAACCCCGCUGGCACCUGGGACAACGGACACCCGCUCACCUGCUGCCCCCCGACGUCACAGGUGAGGGUAAAGUCCUGGACGUAGACCUUCUCCAGGGCUCCUGUUCCCCCUCUCUGUCCCUGGGCUGCGGCGUCACCGAUCAGCCCCGGUCUCUGGAGCCCGUCUCAGACACCCCUGUCCAGCACCUUACCCUGAGGAAGACCCACAGUGACCUGGACCCCAGCCUCAGCCUGCCCCAGUCCCCCUGGACUCCACCUCCUACCCUGGGCACCAUGGACCACUCUGCUACCCUUCUCUGCUCCAACUCCCCGUCUCAGUCCUGGAACGGCCCUAAAGGCUCUACCUUCUCUCCAGGAGUCUGGAGUGAGGGCUAUAGUUAUAAUUUAGCUCCCAAUCCACUAGGGAAGGGACCGGCGACCAUGCCCAAAACGGUGGGGAUGGUUGGGGGGGUAGGGGGGCAGGGUGGAGGGUUGAUGUGCCCCUCUCAGACCAGUUUGGGACUCUCCGGGAGCUCGGGGUCGCAGUCUCACUCUAGUUCGUUCACGUCGAUAUCGGAGUCGUCCUGUCUCAGGCACCCGGUAACCAUGGUUAUGAUGACGGGGAGGCGGAGCGAGACAGAGGGCGCGGCGGCAAGCCCCGCAGGGGGACAGAUGGGGUCAGAAAGAGGGGUGGGAGAAGGAGAAAGGAGGGAGAGGUCAGCACAUUCCAUCGCUGCGGCCAACGCAUUCAAGUUCCGCGAGCGCUCUCUCUCCACGCCGACAGACUCCGGUUCGUUCUGCUCCACAGAUAACGUCAGUGGCGGGAUGUACAGUGUCACUGGGGUAACAGGAGCCGGUAACGGGACGAACGGAGGUGUUCCAACAGAAAUGCACAGCCACCACCACUAUCAGCUCCGUGGUGAGAGGGGGGAGAACUAUGCCCUCCUGUAUCCCAGCGGGAGCUCUGAGGACGGUAGCGCCAGCGUCGACAACAUCUCCAUAACCGACGGCAACUUCCCCCAGGACGGUCGCCUACGGUUACGCUCUCGCUCUAUCUCCUUAAAGAAGUCCAAACACAAACCCCCGCCGCCUGUCCGGAGCGUCUCGCUCAUGAAGAAUUUAGGGGACGCCGAUGGGCAUGUGCACGGCCGUGACAGGGGUCACUACAGGGAAGGACGCCCCAAAUCCCUCCACAUCCCACGGGAACACCUCCAGGACUUCCAGCCAAACUUUCUCCUACCCUCCUCCUCCUGCCUCUCCAAGCCUGAUCUGGAGGAUCCCGAGCUGGGCUACGGCGGGAUGGACGGGCCCCCUGGCCUGGAGGUCCAGGGACCCAACAACACAGAGCUGUCCUCCCCAGCCCACUGGCAGCUGGGGGAGUGGAAGUCUUCUGAUCCAUACCAGUCAUGGUCUGGGUCUAGCACCGCCACAGGGACUACUGUCGUAGACUGUAUGAAGGUUCGAGGCAGUUCAGAGUCUCUCCUGGAUUCCCCGUCUACCUCCCGAGCCUCCUCUCCCUCCCUCCUCUCCAUCGAGUCGACCAAAGCCUCCUCCCCCUUCAAGCCUCCAGGACUCAUGUCCCCUUCCAGCGGCUACUCUAGCCAAUCAGAGACACCCACGCCCAUCACCCCCUCCAAUCAGGUCGUAGGAACAACAACAGGGCCCGCCUCCACAUUUGGGUGUAAGAUGCGCCCCAAAAUCCCCGAGAGGAAGUCUUCGCUGCCGGUGACCUCGCCGCGUGACCCAGCUGCCCGGUCGAGGCUUUCCUUCGAGAUGCCGGUUAACGCUCAUCUAGACUUGUCCUCCAUCAAACCGAAACAGAAAGCCAGCAGGCGUCAUUCUGACACAUCCACUGCAGCCAAACCCGGUAAACUGAGUUCCGGCAGUCAAUCAUCUCUCCCCGUGGUGACCACGAACGAGCUCCGGAACAUCCGCCUGCGUUCCGUCUCCCGUACUGACCUGGAGGACUUCCCAGACGGCGCCUCUGAUGACAUUAUCGAGGAGGAGCAGGGUCUUGACCUUUCCCCCCCUGGUGUCAACUCCCUCGGGCCCCUCGUUGCCUCCAAACCCAAGCCUCCGGUCGCGGUGAAACCCCCGUUACCCAAACGGCCCUUCAACCUCCUUCUCAAGUGCCCCUCCUCCUCUCCCGUUGAUUCUGAAUCCUCCCCUGCCUCCCCCAUUGACCCUCCCCGGCCCAUGCCCAACCCCAGCAUUUACAUGGUGGUAGGUAGGAAGCCCAAGCUGAAGAAAGCCCUCCCUCACACCUCCACCAGCCCUUAUGGACCCCUGGACCAAACCCAAACCUUCCAUCUCCAUCACCCCCAGGGUCUUUACAAUCUCCCCUCCUUCCCCCACAUCCAGUCCCUGUACGACCUCCCUCCUCUCCCCCUGCCCCAGCCACUGCUGGAGGACCCCGCCUUGGAGCCGGAGUUCGACCCAGACUUGGAGCUCCAUCUUGGGCUUGAGGGUGGAUGGUCGCUUCCCUCUCCCUGUAGUAACCUAGAGGUGAUGGAGACUCAGGAUAAGAGCAGGACCCUCCCCAGCAGGAUGACCAUCUCCUGUCUGGCCGAACUGGACAAGAAGAAACCCAAGGUUCCUCCACCAGUUCCCAAGAAGCCCAACAGUCUCCUUCUUCCCUCCAACUCCACCACGGUGCAUUCCAACGGUACCACCGACAGACAGGGAACACAGAUGGACGGCCCAGCCGCUCUCCGCUCUCCUGUUGGAGCGUCCCCACCUGAGGAGAUUCCCGGAAAAGAGGAAAACCAGGAAAACCACCUGGGAACAGAUGAGGAGAGCUCAAUGGAGUCUUCAUUACAGUCUUCAUUGCAGGAUUGUUCUCUUACAGACCUGGAGGGGAGGAUGGCCACUGUAGAGAUAGGGACAGGUGAUGAUUCAGUGGAGGAGAACGUUGAGCAGAAUAGUUUGGACUUUAGUGGUAAAACGGAGGAAACGGAUGAUGAUGCCGGUGGACACACACUCAGCACACACAACAUGGAGGAUCUCUUCACCAAAAUACACAGGUCGAAGAGAAAAGUCCUGGGUCGUAAAGAACCAGGGGACUCAUUCGGCAGCCGCCAGAGUCUGGUCUCCCCAGUGAAGCACAGCACCAGCGGGGGUGACCCCCAAACCUUGACCCUGGGCUCCACUCUGCGGUCCAGCUCGCGGAACGACAACUUCAUGGCCCUGUUACAGAAGAAGGGCAGUAAGUCCAGCAGGGGAGGGACACGCCUCUCUGCCAUGGAGCUCCUGAAGAGCACGAACCCCCUCGCGAGACGCAUCACGGAAUUCUCCACGUCGUCGGACGGAGGAGGGGAUACGACCACCGGUAAUAACAGGACCAGACCGCCCCAGGACCAAUGAGUCCCGGACCGACCCUCUCUCUCUCUUACUAAAGAGAUUCUUGCUGUAACCUCACCAACACCAACAGCGGGCUGGCAAAGUAGAGGUUGAAUAUAUAACCACUUGUUGACCAUUGAUCGACCAUGUAAAUGGACCAUUGAUGGAAGAAUGAAUAGCCAACCAGACCACUCAACCACUGAUGGACCGAUCAUUAACCGCCCAACGGUUGGACACGAUGGUCACAGCGGUCAUCAAAGGAGUUUUGUUUCCAAACACGGUCCAUGCUGUUCUGAAGGUGUUUCAUUUGCUAAGGUCUCAACUCAGUCCAUCCUGUUAGGAAGGGUUUCAUUUGCUGAGUUGGAGGAAUUUUGAGUCGAGGCUUCAACUCAUCAGUCCCGUUCUCGUAUUUUUACUUUGCUGUGUGAAUGGUACUGUGCAACCAGGCUCAUUGUGUGAAUACUAUACUAGGGAAAGAAGGAAAGAUUAGAUAUUACCUUCACUCUGGGAGCCUGAACGUAUGACUGUCAAUGAUGUGGAAAUGAAUCUGAUUCAACCAUGAAUACACCACCAGUGUCUACUAUCAAUGCGCCAUCCAACAACAGCCAGAGUACAGGCCAAUGCUGGUCAAAUAAACCACAUUGAACUUAAGGCUUUUGAAUACAUGGUGUGAGUAUGUGUUAUAUUAAAAACAAGAAUGGUCGUAUUCUAUGGUUAUUACGUAAAGUCCAAAACAUUCUACAGGAAGAUGAACAGUUGGACCUGGUACCAAGCCCUACCCCUUUACGUUUGAAUCAAAGCACUUGGACGACGGCAUACAGAACUCGUUCACAACAACGACGGCAUACAGAGGUAGUUCACAACAACGACGGCAUACAAAGGUAGUUCACAACAACGACGGCAUACAGAGGUAGUUCACAACAACGACGGCAUACAGAGGUAGUUCACAACAACGACGGCAUACAGAGGUAGUUCACAACAACGACGGCAUACAGAGGUAGUUCACAACAACGACGGCAAACAGAGGUAGUUCACAACAACGACGGCAUACAGAGGUAGUUCACAACAACGACGGCAAACAGAGGUAGUUCACAACAAUGACGGCAUACAGAGGUAGUUCACAACAACGACGGCAUACAGAGGUAGUUCACAACAACGACGGCAUACAGAGGUAGUUCACAACAACGACGGCAUACAGAGGUAGUUCACAACAACGACGGCA